GGGUGGCGGCAAGUUGGCCGCUCGGCAGCGACACACCCUUCUCGAACCAUGACCUCAUCACCAGCAGCCGGCGCAGGCAGCCCCACGAGAGAGCGGACCACAGGCGCAUGGCGGACGACCGGACGACUGAGUAUGGUGGUACUGGCUGCAGCGGCAGUCUUGCUUUCUGCUGCUUGUGUCGCAGCCGAGGACAGCGGCUCUGUGGCCGCGGUCCAUGGCCUUGCGCCGCACCGCGGCGAGGCGUACUCGGCCGACGGCGUGUGGUGCGUAGCUGCUGACGGCUCUGCCGAUGCUACGCCGCAGCUGCUGCCCUGGUCGGCCAUCAACGACGGAUACUGCGACUGUGCUGAUGCGGCCGAUGAGCCCGGUACGGCGGCGUGUGCCGGUCGCACUCCGCACGCCACCUUCCACUGCCCCAACCUCGGCUCAAUGCCCAAGGACGUGCCUGUGUCCUUUGUCGGCGAUGGCGUGUGCGAUUGCUGCGACGGUGCCGACGAGGCUGCCGCUGCGCGCGUCGCAUGCCCGAACACUUGCGUGGAGGAGGGCCAGGAGGCUGUCCGCCGCAUUCGCCAGCGCAACCGCGUUGUCGUUGCCGGCGCCACCGCAAAGCUGCAGUACAUCGCCGAUGGCUCGGCCGCCCUUGCCGCUGCCCGCCAGCUUGCUCAGGACAAGGCUUCCGACGUCGACUCUCUCCGCGACCGCCUAGAGGCAGCCAAGACCGCCGCCACAGAUGCAGAGACCCUGGAGAAGAUCGCCAAGGCCCGCCAGGCCCGCCUGCAGCGCGAUCGUGACAUCGCCGAGGCCGCUGCCGCUCCCGCUUCUGCUCCCACAGACCCCGCCUCAGACUCGGUUGAAGAAUUGGCUGAGGACUCUGCCCCGGAAGCAACCAUUGUCCCGCCCUCACCACCGCCUCCCCUCGAGCCGCUCGACACCUUUGAGACUGAGGAGCAUGGUGUUGAGGGCAUCCGCCUCGUCCCGCCCGGAGAGGAAGAGGCAGUCAUCGCCGCCGCUGCCGCCGCACGUGCCACCCGCGACGAGCUGCAGCGCGAGUUUAACACCGCCGAGCGCGAGGCCAACGAGGCCAACGACAAGACCCGGCUCGAUGUCGGCCCGGAAGCCGAGUUCUUCCCACUCGUCGGCAAGUGUGUGUCGUUCAAGACCCGCGAGUACGAGUACGAGGUGUGCCCGUUCAAGGACGCCCGCCAAAAGUCGCUCUCUGGCGGCUCGUCAACCCUCCUCGGCUCGUGGGGCAAGUGGGAUCCGGCCUACGACUCGAUGCUCUUCGAGAACGGCGCAAAGUGCUGGAACGGGCCGAUGCGCUCGCUCCGCGUCGCGCUCGUCUGCGGCUCUGACGAUGAACUCUACGCCAUCGACGAGCCCGAAAAGUGCACCUACACCGCGGUCCUUGCCACCCCGGCCGCCUGCGACGCCUCACACGCUGCUGUCGCUGACCUCUCCUCUCCCAUUGCCGGCGUCGACUAUGCCUACGCCUCGACAUGAAGCCGUUCACGCUAAACCUGCCAAGGAGCGA